AUGAGAAUGGUAAUCGAUUACAAGAAGUUAAGUAAAAAAACGAUAGCGGACAAAUAUCCAAUACCAGAUUGUAAUGUGAUACUGUCAAACUUAGAGAAAACGAAAGUUUUCUCCACAAUCGAUUUAAAGUCUGGAUUCCAUCAAAUAUUGAUGAAACCAGAAGAUUUCGUUCCAUUGGAUGUUUCGGGGGAAACGUUGUCGAAUGAUGAUGAAGUAGAAGAGAUACCAUCAACUUCGUCGUCUGCGAAAAAGAGAAAGAGAAACAAUGAUGAAAACUUCCUCGAAAUCGCUAAAAAGGAGCAAAAGAUAAUGGAAGAAUAUCUUAAUAAAUCUAAUAAAAACGAAGAGAAGGAUAUUGAUUCAAUGGAACAAACCAACACCAUUCCUUUGGCUAUAUUAAAUAAAAAUACAUAA